GCCACCCAUGGCGAUAUCUCAAUUCCGGGCUGAUGGGUGGACGAGUCUGGGCAAUGCGGAUCUUCUUCGAGGAGAUGCUGAAGGAUCGCCCUUUGGACGACCCCAGCGAGGAUCAGGUUGUAUGCGCGAAUUUCAGCUUGUUCAAGCGACCGGAUCUGGUUGCCUUGGACUACAACAGCGAGCUAUUCUUGAAUGUCUUUGGCAUCGAGGGCAUCCUCGAGGGGCCCUGGCAGACUGCGAUCGGCCAGCCUUUGGGCUCCGUGGCUCUUGUGAAGUCUGACGGCCGGUGGUGGAUCGAAAAUCGGUUGACCAAGACCCGGCCCCUGGUCUUCCACUUCCCAGGCCCAGGAAAGUUCUCCAAGAGAGCACAGUGCCUGCACAAUCCAUGGCUCAUCUGCUACAGAUCUUUGCCGUUCGAAGUCGUGCGGCUCCUUCUACCGCAGGCCUACAAGGGCUGGCGGCUAGACUAUUUGCAGGAACUCUUCGACGACCUAGACACCCCCUGGCUGCCACGCUGGAAUUCAGAUGAUUAUCUGCAUUUCCAGAAAGCCUGGGAUCUUCUGCAGAAGAUGAAACUCAGAGAACGAAUCAUUAGCUAUUUGGUGCUUCUGGACUUCUUCGUCCUUGCAGCAUUUAUCUGGCGCUGGCAUCGGCACCGGAGAGAUGCAGCCGUCCCCUGUGGGUGGAGCCUUCUACGCCGAUGGAGGCUCCGCGGUGUCAAGCCCGAAACGUCGGACGUGUGA